AUGUUCUUUUUUGCUCCAUUCUCGUUGGUCUGUUCCUCUUCGUUUAUCAGCUCCGACCUCUGCGGCGGUGCCCGGAUUCAUCCGACCCUCUUUCUACUCGCGCUCUCACUCUUGGUGCUCAGUCUGGGCGGACGGUUCUGUGCCUGCGGUGAAUUUCCGUCCCGCUCCCAUUCAAAACCCUCCCUCUUCCCUCUUGUUCCUCUCUCUUCUCCAGACUCACACACCUCUCUCCUUCUCUCUCUUCUUCCUCCCUCCUCCCCCUCUCCCCGAAACUCUCACCCCAAGGCAAUCGGUGUGUGA